AUGGGCGAUAGCCUAUCUGUUAGCGAAUGUGUAACUCACGUUUAUCAAGCUGCCCGUGAUGGUUCUUCUAAUCUGACUGAUAUUUUAAAGCGGCUGAAAAAUGAACAAAGAAAAACCGCUUUGGAAACAAAAACUGAAGAUUGCGGCCAUUUUGUCACUCCUCUCAUCAUCGCUGCUCGCAAUGGACACCUGAAUUCUGUGAAGAUUCUUCUGGGAUAUGGAGCAGACAUCGAGGCUCGAGGAACGCUGAAGACAGGAAUCGAAGUUAUAGAGGGUUGUACACCUUUGUGGGCCGCUGCUUCUUUUGGUCGUCUUGAUGUUGUGAAGCUGUUAAUCGAACAAAAUGCAGACGUUGACGGCAGAACAUCGACCGGUUCGACUCCACUGACGACUGCUGCCAUUAACGGGCACCUUGACGUUGUGAGAUGUUUGGUUGAGAGCGGGGCAGAUGUGAAUGCACGCACUAUCACUGAGAACACCCCUCUAAUAGCAGCGUGCUAUCUCGGCCACUUAAAUGUUGUUAUUUAUCUUAUUGACAAAGGUGCUUUUAUGGAUCUGCAAAACAAAGAUGGCAGCACUGCACUUCACGUCGCUGCUCAAAGGGGCCACUUGGAGAUAGUCACUCAACUUUUGGCUCUUAGAGCAUCACAACUGCCAAAUAAUCAAGGAUUAACACCACUUCUUUAUGCCUGUAAUGAGUGUUCCAUUGAAAUGGUGGAGUGUCUUAUCAACAGACCGGAAUGUACAAAGGAACAGAGAAUUGAUGCUCUUGAACUUCUUGGUGCCACCAUUGCUAUUGAUCGACCUCUUGACACUGGGAAAGCGAAAGCGUUUAGUUACAUGAAACAUGGAAUGGAGGAGAGAUAUAAGGACCUGGCACAUCCAUUGCUUAAAACGAAAAUGGAACCUGUGGAAGCUUAUCAAAAUAGAAAAGAGAGUCAAACUCUUCAGGAACUUGCUCUGUUAGAAGGUGAUGAUCAUGCUAUCGGCAUGGAAGGACUAAUAAUCAGAGAAAGAAUCCUUGGGCCUGACAAUCCAGCAAAUCUGCCAUCAUUAAUAUACCAUGGAGCUGUUAUAGCUGACGUAUCCGAGGAGUACGAGCUCUCUGCUGGUUUGUGGCAAAGAGCGUCGGAGAAAGCCAUGAACAGCAGUGAUGUUCCAAUAACAGACGUAAUAAGUUGUCUUAAAUACCAGAUAGCUGUAUUUGGAGAAAUGGUACAAAAAAGUAAGCUUUUAAGACCAAAUCUCAUUGAAGACGCCUUUCAAAUACUUGUUGCUGUAAGUGAGAAACAGGGUGAACAAUUGAAGUCUAGAAAAUCACAAGAGGGUCAUGAAAAUAAGGAGCAAGAUAUAACGGUUUAUUAUGCUCUCUAUCUUUUGAAGAUAUACACCAAAGUUAAAGUUCAGAAUGCCAACAUGAUUGACUUUCUUCAACGGUUCCUGCUUUUAAACCCUCGUACCAAUGAUGGAAAUACUCUACUGCACUUAGCUGCGUGGCAUGAAACUCCAAUUUUUUUAUUUGUAAAAGACAUUUUGCAAAGUGUGUGGAAGUUUCCCUGUGUUGAGACCAUGAAGCUUAUUUUAGAUGCAGGGUGUGAUGUAAAUGCUGUUAACACCGAGGGAAACACGCCUCUCCAUCUAGCUGUGACGUUUAAGGCAGCUGAGCUUGAAGAAGUCGAGAUUUUGAGAGAAAUGCUGCUGUUGUUGUUAGAUAUCGGUGCAGAUCCAAAGCUAGCAAACAAAAAUGGUCAAACAUCACUGGACAGCUGUGAAACUGACGCAGCUCGUAUGAUCCUGUCCGAGAAAAGAGGACUGAGUGCCAUGAACGUCGACGUCGGAGAUGUAAGUAAUAUUAACAUAUUAUAA